GAUGCUUUCGAGGACCUCCCAAAAGACGGCGCAGACGCUCCUGCGGGGCGCUGGAUCUGCCUCUCGAUGCGCUGCUGGCCCUUCCAUGGCCACUCGCUCAAUGGCCACGGUCAACAGCGACAUCUUCAAGCCCACCAAGUUCGGCGGCAAAUACACCGUGACCUUGAUUCCUGGUGACGGUAUCGGUGCGGAGGUCUCAGAGUCGGUCAAGCAGAUCUUCAAGGCGGACAACGUUCCCAUUGAGUGGGAGCAGGUUAACGUGUCUGGUGUCGAGACGGGCAACAAGCACUCCGAGGAUCUCUUCCGCGAGUCCAUCGCCUCGCUCAAGCGCAACAAGUUGGGUCUCAAGGGUAUCCUCCACACUCCAGUCGAGCGCUCCGGCCACCAGUCUUUCAACGUCGCCCUCCGCCAGGAGUUGGACAUCUACGCCUCCAUCGUCCUCAUCAAGAACAUCCCCGGAUACGAGACCCGCCACAAGAACGUCGACCUCUGCAUCAUCCGUGAGAACACCGAGGGUGAAUACUCCGGCCUCGAGCACCAGUCCGUUGGCGGUGUCGUUGAGUCCCUCAAGAUCAUCACCCGCGCCAAAUCCGAGCGCAUUGCCAAGUUUGCUUUUGCUUUCGCCCUUGCCAACAACAGGGAGAAGGUCACCUGCAUCCACAAGGCCAACAUCAUGAAGUUGGCCGAUGGUCUCUUCCGCAACACCUUCAAGAAGGUCGCCGAGGACUACCCUACCCUUGAGACCAACGACAUGAUCGUCGACAACGCCUCCAUGCAGUGCGUGUCCAGGCCACAGCAGUUCGACGUCCUCGUCAUGCCCAACUUGUACGGAGGUAUCUUGUCCAACAUCGGUGCUGGUCUCGUCGGUGGACCCGGCGUCGUCCCUGGAUGCAACAUGGGCCGCAACGUUGCCGUCUUCGAGCCUGGAUGCCGUCACGUCGGUCUCGAUAUCAAGGGCAAGGACCAGGCCAACCCCACUGCCUUGAUCCUCUCCGCCUCCAUGAUGCUGCGCCACCUUGGUCUCGAUGAUCACGCAAACCGCAUCUCCCAGUCCGUUUACCAGGUCAUUGCUGAUGGAAAAACCCGAACACGCGAUAUGGGCGGUAACAGCACCACCCAGGAGUUCACCCGUGCAGUCCUUAGCAAGAUGGAGCAGGCAUAGGCUGACCAAGGUCGUCGAAACCUUGCUUCACGUAACUGACACUCAACGAUUGCUACCCUUUCCGGUUUGGUAGUUAUAUGCAAUAGACCUGGGGCGAUUGGAUACGGCUUUAUGUACAAGUACGCGCAUGUGAAUAGAGCUGUACUUUUAGGUGGUAUAUAGCUAGCCAGCAUGCAUGAAUCUUUAUUUCUAUACCCCCCAAAA